AUGGACAAGAUGUUCUUGUUUGACAUUGUCACUGUCGUGGUCUCUUGUAUCGACAACUUCUUGCUGCGCUUCCUGGGCAGCGGUGACAAUCCCGCCCUCCGCUUGGUAGGGCUGGUACGUCUCGUGCGCUUGGUGCGGCUGCUGCACUUGAUCAAAGACCUGGCGCGGAUGGUCCGUGGCUUCGUGGGGAACUUCCGACUGAUCAUCCGCUCAGUCUGCAUAUUAACGCUCUUCAUCUACGCCUCGUCUGUGCUCAUGGUGGACUUUGUCGGUCAUAACGAGGAGACCAAGGACGACGCCGCCGUACAGGCAGACUGGGGUCGGAUCCCCGACUGCAUGAUGACGCUCUUCACCAUGACCACGCUGAGUAGCUGGUCCAAGCAGGUGAGCCAGGUGGCGGCCUAUCCCUCGCUGGACCCGGAUGAGAUCCGUCCAAGACGCGUCCGUUGUUUCGGGCGGCAGGUUGUCAUAGAUUAUUGUAAAAUAUUCAUUAAUUAUAUAAUAAUUAAUUGUAUAUAA